AUGCCCCGCAGCCACAGCCGAGGAGACGACAAGGAGGGCGGCUCCGCCGGGCUCUGGCUGAAGAGCAGCACGGCGGGGUGUCGCGGCGGUGGCAGCGGCAUGAAGGAUGUGGAGUCUGGCCGGAGCAGGGUGCUCCUGAACUCGGCGCCCUCGCGAGGGGACGGCUUGCUCCUCUUGGGCACCGGCGGCGGGCUCGGCGGCUUGCGGGAGAGCCGGCGAGGCAAGAAACGAGGAGCCCGGAUGAGCCUGCUGGGGAAGCCGCUCUCCUACAGCAGCAACCCGAGCUACCGGCGGAACGCCAAGUACAGGAGGCUGCAAAACUAUCUCUACAACGUGCUCGAGAGACCCCGCGGCUGGGCGUUUAUCUACCACGCGUUCGUUUUUCUCCUUGUCUUCGGUUGCUUGAUUUUAUCAGUAUUUUCUACAAUCCCUGAACAUACCUGGCUUGCCACUAGUUGCCUCUUCAUUCUGGAGUCUGUCAUGAUUGUUGUCUUUGGUUUGGAGUUUAUCAUGCGCAUCUGGUCUGCUGGCUGCUGUUGUCGGUACCGUGGAUGGCAGGGAAGGCUGAGAUUCGCAAGGAAACCAUUCUGUGUAAUAGACAUCAUUGUUCUCAUCGCUUCAAUAGCAGUUGUUUCUGCAAAAACUCAGGGUAACAUUUUUGCAACAUCAGCACUGAGAAGUCUUCGUUUCCUACAGAUCCUUCGCAUGGUGCGCAUGGACCGAAGAGGAGGAACCUGGAAAUUGUUAGGUUCAGUGGUUUAUGCACAUAGCAAGGAAUUAAUCACCGCCUGGUACAUAGGAUUUUUAGUAUUGAUUUUUUCAUCUUUCCUCGUCUACCUGGUUGAAAAAGAUACAAAUGCUCAAUUUUCUACAUAUGCAGAUGCUCUGUGGUGGGGCACAAUCACAUUGACAACAAUUGGCUAUGGAGACAAAACCCCUCUCACCUGGCUAGGAAGGCUGCUUUCUGCAGGGUUUGCACUGCUUGGCAUUUCUUUCUUUGCAUUGCCUGCUGGCAUUCUUGGGUCAGGAUUUGCAUUAAAAGUACAGGAACAGCAUCGUCAGAAACAUUUUGAAAAAAGAAGGAAUCCCGCUGCCAGUUUAAUUCAAUGUGUAUGGCGUAGUUAUGCGGCUGAUGAAAAAUCCGUUUCCAUUGCUACCUGGAAGCCUCAUUUGAAGGCCUUGCAUACCUGCAGCCCAACAAAGAAAGAACAAGGGGAAACAUCUAGCAGUCAAAAACUGAGCUUUAAGGAACGGGUACGGAUGGCUAGCCCACGUGGACAGAGUAUCAAGAACAGGCAAGCUUCAGUUGGUGACAGGAGAUCACCAAGUACUGAUAUUACGGCAGAGGGCAGCCCAACAAAAGUCCAAAAGAGCUGGAGCUUCAAUGACCGAACACGCUUCCGACCUUCCCUACGUUUGAAGAGUUCACAGCCUAAGCCAGUGCCAGAUACUGAAGCCAGUAUUGCUACUGAUGAUGUAUAUGAUGAGAGAGGAUGCCAGUGUGAUGUCUCAGUAGAAGAUCUCACCCCUGCACUUAAAACAGUUAUCAGAGCUAUCAGAAUCAUGAAAUUUCAUGUUGCCAAAAGGAAAUUUAAAGAAACUUUGCGUCCCUAUGAUGUUAAAGAUGUCAUUGAACAGUAUUCAGCAGGCCACCUGGAUAUGUUGUGCAGAAUUAAAAGUCUUCAAUCAAGGGUUGACCAAAUUCUUGGAAGGGGACAAAUUGCCUCUGAUAAAAGAAGUCGAGAGAAAAAUACAGCAGAGAAUGAGACAGCUGAUGACCUUAGCAUGCUAGGGCGCGUAGUCAAGGUGGAAAAACAGGUUCAAUCCAUAGAGUCAAAAUUAGACUCACUGCUAGAUAUCUACCAACAGGUCUUGAAGAAAGGAUCUGUGUCUGCACUGACUUUGGCUUCAUUUCAAAUGCCAACUUUUGAAUGUGAUCAAACUUCUGAUUAUCAAAGCCCUGUAGAUAGUAAAGAUUUGUCUAACUCUGCCCAGACCAGUGGAUGUGUAUCCAGAUCAGCCAGUGUCAACAUGCCAUGUGGCCUACAGCUUAUACUGACACCAAAUGAAUUUAACCCUCAAGCUUACUAUGCGUUUAGUCCAACUAUGCAUAGUCAAGCCACACAGGUGCCAAAUGAUGGACCUGCAACUCUAUCAGCUAAUAAUGCACUAAACCAAAUACACCAGACAUCUAAGCCAACAACACCUACAACGUUACAGAUACCACCAUUUUCAUCAGUAAAGCAUAACAAUAGGCUGGAGCCUAUACAUGUUAUUCCCUUGAGCACACAGGAAAAUACUUCUGAUGUCACCGCUUGCCUUGUUGCUUCAAAUGAUAAUGGACAAAUUGCACAGUCCAGUGUGACAAAGGAUCUGUCAUGGAGAAAAAGCCUUGAUACAGAAGGGGAACCCUUGGUCUCAGUGAAACCAAUAGUACAAAUGGAUAUAGGGAAAUCACUAUCUGUUCAAAAUCUUAUACAGUCGACAGCUGAAGAACUGAAUGUACAGAUUUCUGGUAGUGACACCAGUAGCUCAAGAGGUAGUCAAGAAUUAUACAGCAGAUGGAGGGAAUCAAAAUUAUUUAUAACUGAUGAAGAAUUGGAAGCAGAGAGAGAAAAUGAGACUUUUGAAGGCAUUUCCCACCCAUUAGUGGAAACGACUCUCUCUACAGACUCUCUAAGGACUGGAAUGUCAAGAUCAUCUCAAAGCAUUUGCAAGCCAGGGGAUGGCACAGAUGCUCUCAGCCUGCCUCAUGUCAAACUUAAAUAGCAUUGUGUGGAUUUUGUUCACAUGCUGAGUAAUCCUUUCAGUCAUACAUAUCAGAGCAUGGACUAUUUUGAAAACCCUUUUAAUGAUUUUUUAAAAAAUUAAAUUAAUCAGAAAGAAAGGCAGUUGUAUGAGUCCAUAUCUUUUAGUUGCAUGAAAAUGCAUGUUUAGGAGAUGGAAAAAUUCAAUUUAUAUCUGCAGUACAUUGGUUCUUUCAUUUAGUACAGUAGGUAUAAAUGAGUAACCUACAAAACUAAUGCUAGAUGUUUAUUAAACAACAACAGAUCUGAACAUGUAGAAACCAUGUUUCUAAAGUACGCAAGUAAAAUUCUCAAGAUAAUAAAAGCACUUUGGUUUUGGUUAAAAUAAAUAUUUGCCCUGAAUUAGACCAGUUAUGUUUGCAACAAAAACUACUAUAUGCAGCUGCUAACAAAGGAACACCCAUAAUAAAAGAUUAGAAAUGGCUGCUAGUUGUGAGCUUCCAUUAAUCAGCUAUUUUAGGAGAAUGUUAAGUGUCUGUAUCUCUUUGGAAAGAUGACUGAGACAAAGUAUUUUGCACAGCACUUUUUUUAGGUUAGGACUGACCUUUUUCCCUUUUGCUAUGAAAUGUACACAAUUCCAAGUUAUCAGGGAUGACCUUCAAUGUGAAUUUUUCUCUUGUCUCAAACUUUCUGAACAUAUUGAUGGUCCUCUUGUGAAUCUGAAGAAUUUUGGCAGAAAUCUCUACAAAGGAGAAACAGAAGCUUGCUUCAGAUGUAAUGUCGUCUCCUUUUAUGAUGUAGUCAGUCCUCAAGUUCUGAGGCUGAAUGAUAGCACAAGCAAAGAUUGGGGAGAAUAGAAAAAGUACUGUGAGGUAAAGGUAAAGGUAAAGGGACCCCUGACCAUUAGGUCCAGUCGUGACCGACUCUGGGGUUGCGCGCUCAUCUCGCAUUAUUGGCCGAGGGAGCCAGCGUAUAGCUUCCAGGUCAUGUGGCCAGCAUG